AUGAAGUUACAAAUAUCUACUGUGCUGAUGCUGCUUUCCAUGGCCUUUGUCCAUGGCAGCGAAGGUUUUUAUCCUGAACGGUAUCAGAAGCAACCCAGCGUACCAAUGAAGGGACCACAUUUCCUACCUUUCGGCAUAAAAAGUCAUGUUGUACAGGAAAGGGGAGAACAAGGACUUCCUGGCCCGCAAGGCCCUCCUGGCCCGAGAGGACUACCAGGCCCAGCAGGUGCUCCAGGAAAACCCGGGUACGGAAACCAAGGCCCUCCAGGACCACAAGGGCCCCCAGGACUUUCGGGUGUUGGAAAACCCGGCCUUCCAGGUCCACAAGGAAAGCCAGGAGAAAGAGGACUUCCUGGUGAAAAGGGAGAUAUGGGACCCGCUGGCCUUCCUGGCCCAAGAGGUCUCCCUGGGGCCGCCGGAAUUCCUGGUCCUGCCGGGAUUUCUGUUCCUGGUAAAGAAGGACUGCCAGGGCCACAAGGGCCAAGGGGUGCCCCAGGAGAAAAAGGUGAGCCUGGCAUACCUGGUGUAAAUGGACAGAAGGGAGAAACUGGAUUUGGGGUUCCCGGUCGCCCAGGAGAGAAAGGUCUGCCAGGGCCACAGGGACCUGCUGGGCCACAGGGACCUGCAGGGGUAGGGAGGCCUGGGGAAAGGGGUUUUCCAGGUCAGCCAGGUAUUAAAGGGGACCGGGGCUUGCCUGGCAUCUCAGGAGCAAUGGGAUCCCCUGGUGCCCAAGGACCUCCUGGAGAGCCAGGGCAACCGGGCAUUGGAAAACCUGGGCCAAGUGGAACACCAGGAUUGCCAGGAAUUCCUGGAGCAAAAGGACUCCCAGGGACCCCUGGCUUGACUGGGCCUCCUGGUCUCCCUGGAUUUGGAAAACCUGGACUGCCUGGGAUGAAGGGAGACAGAGGAGCUGAAGGCCUCCCAGGUAUCCCAGGAGCAAAGGGAGAGCAAGGCCCGGCUGGAGCCCCAGGGGAACCGGGAUCAGUUGGUGCACCGGGGAGCAUGGGGCCUCAAGGGGCCAGGGGUGCCGCUGGUGAAAAUGGCAUACCAGGUCUCAAAGGCGAUAGGGGGCUUCCAGGUGCAGCUGGCUUCCCAGGGACAAAAGGAGAGAGAGGCCUUCCAGGAUCAGAUGGGAAGCCAGGGUUUUCAGGGGAACCAGGACUUCCUGGCCCAAAGGGGCUGCCAGGUUUGCCAGGUCCCAAAGGAGACACAGGCCACGCUGGACCAGCAGGCCUACCUGGACCAAUGGGUUCCCCGGGACCUAAAGGAACGGCAGGAGUCAAUGGGGAGCCAGGUCCAAGAGGUCCACCUGGAAUACCUGGCACAAAAGGACCAAUUGGCACUCCAGGUAUUCCAGGGGUCCCUGGCAGCAAAGGGGAAAUGGGUGCACCUGGAUUACCAGGUCCAGCUGGUAUUGCUACAAAGGGUUUAGAUGGGCCUAUGGGACCUGCUGGACCUCCAGGCCCCAAAGGCCACUCUGGAGAGCCUGGAUUGCCAGGUCCUCCCGGUCCACCUGGACCUCCUGGGGAGAUGGUGCCACAAGGGCAGGCUAUAGCAGGCCUCCCUGUUAUGAAGGCUGGUGCAAUCCAAGGCCUGACUGGUAUGCCAGUGUCAGCCUUCACUGCCAUUCUUUCCAAAGCAUACCCUCCAUCAGCGGCCCCUAUCCGGUUUGAUAACGUUUUGUACAAUAGGCAGCAGCACUAUGACCCUAGGUCAGGCAUCUUCACUUGCAGGAUACCAGGACUUUACUACUUUGCUUACCAUGUUCAUGUGAAAGGAAAUCAUGUUUGGGUUGGUUUGUACAAGAAUGGCUCACCCAUCAUGUACACAUUUGAUGAAUAUAAGAAAGGAUACCUUGAUCAGGCGUCUGGGAGCGCUGUUAUCGAUCUGACAGAGAAUGACCAAGUUUGGGUACAGCUACCCAACAAUGAAUCAAAUGGUCUGUUCUCUUCAGAAUAUGUUCACUCCUCCUUCUCAGGUUUCUUAUUUGCACAGAUUUAAUGACAUUUCAUACCUCCCCCAAGAACUAAGCAUCUUAGUAUGUUUUUUUAUUAUAUAUAUUUCUAGACAUCCACUACCAACUAGUGACUGAACACUGAAUUAAAAUUCUGAGGCAAAUGCUGCAUGAUGCAUAUCUCUUAGGUGCUAUUUUUAAAAGACAAAGGGGAAUAUAAUUAUUCACAAAGUAUAAUCACUUUUUAAUGCAGCAGUCAGACAUGAAUUUUACUUACCCCCAAACCAAGAUAACAGUAGUAAUUACAAGUGCCAAGAUUAAGUCUUAGAAAAAGGUAUAAUUACUGUAUCUUGCAUAAACCUUCUCAUUCACCUAUAUAUAGAAAAGAAGUGCUUAACACUGCCUUCCUAUCCUUGAAUAAUCUGAU